UCCGCCGCAUACCGUAUCCCGUGUCUCCAACAGCGCGGCACUCCAUUAUUCAUGCGCGAGGGGGGGAGGAUCGUCGGCAGCGCAGGGCUUCGUGCUCUGGCCUGACGUCACGCCAACUUCGCCCCGAUGCCGUCAUGGAGUCGUCUGCGUCCUGCUAAUACUGUCGCUGGUGAUGGCGCCGCGAAUGCUCUCCUCUGUUCGAUCCCUACUACACCUAACGCAUGGAUUGUUUCUUUCUUACUCUGUAGUUUGACCCAACUUUCAUUACAUCUGUAGAUACAUCGAAAACCCGGCGUUAAGCCAGCGAGAAAAUCAAUACCCAUCACUUCCUCUGCGCCGGCACUAUCAGCGGCGAUGGACCUGCACAUCCCGGGCCUGUUCGGCGGCUCCGCGCCCGGCCGCGGGCAGUGGACCUUGGAAGCGCCCGCGUCCGGCGGCGCGGCGACCCGCAACGACCCUGGGUUCCUGUCGAGCGACUUCCCGCGCGCGCCCCCGAGGCUGUACGUCACGGCCGAGAGCGACGACUUCGACCUGGCCGCCCUCGGCGACUGGCGCGGCGAGGGCUUCGACGUCGAGUACGUCCCCAUGGGCCCCAGCGAGAACGCGUACCGCGAGACGGUGGAGGCGCUCAGUAAAAAGAAAAUGGGUCCCUGCGAGACCUUCGGCAUCGUCGCCUACGGCGACGCCGCGAGCUUCUGCCUCGAGCACUUCCACGCGACCGCGGCGCGCAACCCGGAGUUCCGGCUGGCGUGCCUGAUCGCGUACUAUCCGGGGCGCAUCCCGGACCCGCGCGCGGCGUUCCCGGGCGGCGUGCGGGCGCUCGUGCACCUGGCGGCGGGGAGCGAGGUGGACGUCGCGCGGCGCGGGCGCGCGCUGGGGCUCGAGGGCCCGCCGCGCGUCGUCCGCCGCGCCGUCGGCCGCGGGCUCGGCGCCGCCGGCGCCCUCCCCGACCACGCCUACCCCGCCUACGCCUACGCCGACGCCGCCCCCGGCUUCGCCGAGCGCGACCUCCCCCAGUUCGACCGCGUCGCCGCCGACCUCGCCUGGUCGCGCAGCCUGGCCGCCGCCCGCCGCGCCUUCCGCCUCGACGUUGAUGUCGAGGAAGUCGUCGACCGGAAUAUCGAGGCCAAGUUCUUCCAACGGGACGCGGCGCAGACGAUGGCGACGUACGGCGCGGGCGGGGUGCACGCAACGUAUGUGCCGACGCUGACGGGGGGCGUGGGGCGGGGGGAGCUGGAGCGGUUCUACGGGGAGUUCUGGGCGGGGCGGGGCGGGACGCCGGGGUCGCUGCGGCUGCGGCUCCUGUCGCGGACGGCGUCGGCGGGCGGGCGCGUGGUCGACGAGACGCACGUGGCGCUGCGGCACACGGAGCCGGUGCCGUGGCUGCUGCCAGGCGUGCCGUCGACGGGGCGCCGCGUCGAGCUGGUCGUGGUGACCGUGGCCGCUGUGCGCGCCGGCCGCCUCUGCCACGAGCACGCCUACUGGGACCAGGCCAGCGUGCUCGCCCAGGUCGGCCUGCUCGACCCGCGCGCCGUGCCCGCGGCCUUCCGCGCCCGCGGCGUCGAGAGGCUGCCCGUCGUCGGCCGCCGCGCCGCGCGCAGCCUGCUGCGCGGUUAUUGCGAGGGUGAGGAGGGCGGCGACGAGGGCGAGGCGACGAAUGAGUUGAUUGCGGAGUGGGAUGACGAUUUUGAGGAGGUGGAGGGGGAGGAGGAGAAAGAAGGGCGGGGUGAACAAGGCGGGGGUGAGGAGGGCGGGGAGGGCGAAGCCAAGGACGUUAAUGGUCAGGCGGGGGAAGAGAGGAUGCCGGAGGAGGCCCCGACGAAGGAGCUGAAAGGCAAGGAGCCCGAGAGGCUGAGGUCUCAUCAAGCCCGAGUCGAUGAUGAGGAGGAUGGAAGCAAGUAGCCCCUCCCUCUCGGCUCGUGUACCUAUCUGGUCGUAUGAAUCCCUGUCGACGCAGGCUGCCAUUACUACGCCGUGCUGCCCCCCUCUGGCCCUUGGAGGUGACACUCGAGGACACCAGCACCAGCCGCACCCACUUCAGCCCACUAGCUGUGGGGGGAAGGUAAACCCGCCCUCCCACAUGGGAUGGUGGACGAGAAGACGACAAGGGGGGGGGCGAAGUUGGCAGAAAGCCAAGACCCGCUGUCCCGGAUAAAAAUAUCUACUCACUUCUCGUUUCG